CGCCGCCGCGCUUGCCUCUCCUCCACCACGCCGCCUGCCCGUCGCCGUUGCUCUUCCUUCCGGCGCCGUGCCUGGCGCAGCGGCCGCGCGCCAUGCCCUCGUCGGUCGUCUCGCACGCGCCGCCGCCCUUCUACGCCUGCUAUCUGCUGCGCUCCGUCGCCGCGCCCAACUCGAGCCGCACCUACAUUGGCUCGUCGCCCGACCCGGCGCGCCGCAAGCGCCAGCACAACGGCGAGCUCACCGCCGGCGCGCACAAGACGCGCAAUGGGCGGCCGUGGGAGACGCAGCUCGUCGUGUGGGGCUUUGGCAGCAAGAUUGCCGCACUGCAGUUCGAAUGGGCCUGGCAGAAGCCGCACCUCUCGCGCCACCUGCGCACCAAGCCGAGCAGCAGCAGCGGCGGCGGCGCCGUCGACGUGCCGCAGCCGCUCUUCCCGCUCUCGUCGCGCACCACGACGGCGCCCAUGGCCAACGGCAAGCGCCAUCUCGGCGCCGGCUCGCCGCAGGCGCAGCUGCUCGUGCUGCGCGCCCUGCUGCGCUCCGAGCCCUUUGCGGCGUGGGGCCUGCGCCUGACGUUCUUCGAGGAGUGGGCCUGGGCCGCCUGGGCGCGCCUGCCGCCGGCGCCGGCGCCGCCGCUGUCGCGCGGCGAGCGUGCGCUGCCGCCCGCGCACCUCGUCGCCUGCACGGCCGACUUUCUCGGCGUCGACGGCGCGCGCACGCCGCUGAGUGCGCUCGAUGCCGAGGCCAAGAAGCGUCUCAAGCUCGAGCCGCCGGCGCCAGCAAAGGGCAAGGGCAAGAGCAAGGAGGACGACGGCACGGCGACGCUGCCCGGCCACUGGCCCGAGGCGCUGCCGCGCAGCGCCACGGCAAAGGCAAUGGGCCUCACCUGGGCCGCCCUCGAGGCGGCGCCGUGUGCUGCGCCGGCCCCGCCGCUGCUGCCAGAGGCGCACGACGAGCAGGGCGACUCGCUCAUGAGCAGUCCAACCAAGGGCAAGGGCGCCGCCGCGGCCGCCCACGCGCCGCACGAGCGCCCGCGCUUCCGCUGCGACGACAACGACCUGGCGCGCCUGGCCUACGCGCGCCUGCAGCACGUGCUCCGGCAGCGCCACAUCGCCCACACGCGCUUCCUCGCCGGCUCUGCCGUGCCGCCACCUGCGGCCGAGUCAGGGCCGCGGGUGCCGUGCAGCGCAUGUGGCGCGCCAGUGCUGCUGUGGGCGCAUGCCUCGUAUGCUCUCUGCCCCGCGCCGUUCACGGAGCUCGCACCGCGUGCGCCGGCGCAGCGCAGCGUCUUUGGCCUGCUGCCGCAGGCCAGCGACGCCGGAGCAUCGAGGCACUGCGACGCCGUGUUCCAUCUCGAGUGCCUCGCCGACCGCUUCCUGGCGCCGUCGGCGGCGAGCGACAGCGGCCGCAGCGACGCCUCCGCCUCGCGCACCUUUCUGCUGCCCACGCACGGCGCCUGUCCCAGCUGUUCCGAGCGUGGCCAGCCCAGCGGCGACGGCCUGUGGAGCGACGUCGUGCGCGCCACGUUUCGCCGGCGCGACGUGGCCGAGGCGGAGCUGGCGGCGCGUGCCAAGCAGGCGCUCAAGGAUGCCAAAGUCGCGGCCAAGGCACCGACGCGCCGAAGGCGAGCAGAGAAGGCGGCCCCCGCGGCGGCGGACGAGGCGAUGCAGGAGAGCAGCAGCGAGGACAGCGACGAGGGCCUGCUGGCGCGCCUCGACCGCCUCAGCAGGCCCAAGGGCAAGGGGCGCCCGGCGCCCAAGGCGGCCGCAGCAGCGUCCAGCUCGACGUUGUCCGCCGUCGCAGCGCAGCCGUUUGCGCCCACUGCGCCGCGGCGCUCCCGCAGUCCCGUGGCGCGCGGCACUCCGCACGCGGACCUCGACGCCGGGCCGGCAGCAGCGCCGCUGCCACGCCCGCGCGCCCGUCCGGCCGCGCGCAGCGCCAGCGCCUCUGUCCUGCCGCUCCCGCCGCCGCGCUCCUCGACGCCGCCGCCGCCGCCACGCGCGCCGGCGGCGCACGCCAGCGACUCGCCCGGCCUGCUCGCCUCGCUCGACGCCCUCAUGAACGACGUGCCCGCGCGCCCGGCGGCGGCGAAGCGGCGCGAGGCCGAGGUGGGUGCCUCCGCGCUGCGCGUGCCAGCGGCGCCGAGCAGCAGGCCGUUUGCGCGCGCCAAGAGUGCCUCGUCCGCCGCGCCGUCUCUGCCCGAGAUCAUCGACCUGACCUGAGAUGCAUGCAAUGCAGCCCCCUCCCCCCCCCGCCCCUUGUCACGCGAGAUCUUGUCAUGACUGCGCGUUCUAUUGAUAAACCCAGUGGC